GCCAACGGAUUGGUGAUGGUCCCCUAUACCGUGAGCAGUGACUUCACCAGCUCGGAGAAGCAGCUGAUCAACUCUGCGUUGAACGGCUUCCAGGCCAAAACCUGCAUUCGUUUUGUCCCCCGUCAGAAUGAGGCCGACUACAUCAGCAUCGAGAACCAAGCCGGAUGUUUCUCCUCUGUGGGCAGAGUGGGAGGCGCACAGGUGCUCUCUCUCAAAAGGCCGAACUGCCUCUACUACGGCAUCAUCCAGCACGAGGCCAACCACGCUCUGGGUUUCCAGCACGAACAUACCAGGACCGACCGCGACUCCUACGUCAAUAUCAACUGGGAGAACAUCGACCCGCAGAUGGCUUACAACUUCAACAUGCAGGCCGCCAACAACCUGAAUACUCCCUACGACUACUCCUCCAUCAUGCACUAUGGGAAAACAGCCUUCUCCAUGAAUGGGAAGGAAACCAUGAUCCCCAUCCCCGACCCCAACGUCCCGAUUGGCCAGAUUAACGGCCUGUCCAACUGGGACAUCAUAAGGAUCAAGACGUUCUACGGCUGCUAGUAACAAUGCUGAUGAGAAA